AUGGCGCGAUUCGCUGUGGCUCAGCACAACGCCGCCAAGAACGACAGCCUACAGCCAGUCGGAGUUCUCUAUGUGGACCGCCCGAGCGCAGGCAACAGCAGUGCAGGAGGGGAGGAGUACCACGUGUCACUGGCGGCUCUCAACCUGCUGCGCGGCCGCACUGCCUUCUUCGACGCCCUCGUCUCCCUCCGCCCUCUCGUGGUCGCGCAAUCCGCGCUCCCUGCUUCUGUGAUUCCAGCAGCAGCCUCAGCCACACCGGUUGCCACAGCAGCAGCAGAAGCAGCAACAGCAGCAGGAAAUGGAGGAGGGGAGGGAUGGGAGUACACGUUGAAGUCGUUUGUGGUGCAGGCAGGGUCGGGGCAUGCGAGCACGCGGGAGGAGCAGGAGGCGGCGCUCAGGCACGUGGUGGCGGUGACGCCCCCUCCGUGCGGCGAUGAGUUGACCUACGUUGACCUGUCAGAUGCUGACGUGCAGCGAGUGGCGCGAGAGGCGGUGGCGAGAGCGAAUCAGAGACAGGGCAGCGGAUUGCUUUUGAUUUCGGUGCUGGAGGCACAGGUGAUGAUACUGACAUACAGACAGAGAGAGUACACGCUCACAGUGCUGGCAGCAGAUAACACCACCGGCAUGGCAGCUCACUAUGCCACACAUGCACUGGAUAACAGCAUCGGUGCCACGCUUGAUGAUACUUCACAAGGGGGGAACGCGAGUGGGAGGAGUGUAGUGAAUGUGACGGCGUUUGCGGUGGUGCCAGGGACGCAGCGGAAUGCAACAGCGGGGGAGAUGGCCGUGGCAGCAGCAGGGGGUUGCGCUGGGAGGCAUAAGAGCAGCAGCAGCAGCGGCGGCAGCGACGCUGGUGGUGGUGGGAAUGCAGCAGCGGCAGCACUCAACGGCAAUAGCAGCAGCCGCAGCAGCAGCAGCAACAGCAGCAGCGGCAGCAGCAGUGGCGGUGGUGGGGUGUUGCAGUGGGACUUGGCACGGGCCAUGGCAGGGGUGUGUGUGGAUGGGGGGUGGGUGCUCAUCCCUGCUGCUGCCCCCACAGACAAUUCAGAGCCUCCUACUGCCCCUAACAACGCCUCCUCUAAUGGCUCCGCCACCGCCCCCUACACGGACGCCUACAACAGCUUCUCCAUGCGCUCCCUCGCUCUCUUUGCCCUGGACCAACUCAACAACCACAGCAGCCUCCCCUCCAAUGUGACUCUGCUGGAUGUGCUUGUAGCGAGGGCGAAUGUGGUGGAGGGGGCAGGGAUCAACUACAGCGUGACUGUAACAGCCGCGGUGGAUGCAGCGUCAGCAGCUGGAGCAACGGUACCUACAACAACAACGGUACCUACAACUACAAUAUUUACAGCAACGGCACCCACAACAACACUACCUGCAGUGCCGCUGAGUGCACCUUCAACCAAAGCCAAGGCAGCAGCAGAGGACGAGGCAGGGAAGCAAGUGGUGGUGCUGAAGCUGCUGGUGUGGCAGGCAGUGCCCUUCACAGCUUUCCGCCUGGCUGACUUUUUCCUGCUGGAUGUGGGAGGUGAGGGGGAGAGUGGGAAGCAGAAGCAGGAGGGCUUGUUGCUCAUUGACUGUGCCUCCCCACCCCCGGGUCACAUCCUCCUUGGUAACUGCACCACAGUGCCUAAGGCUAGCUAUUCUUCUGUAGUUGCCGCGGUAGGAUUUGUAACAUUGCUUCGCGUGCUUGUCUCGCUGGCCCUUGUGCUGGCUCUCCUGUAG